AUGGCUUCAUCAGCUUCGGCAGAAAAUCUCUUUGAACCCAAUCAGGUUUCUCUUGCGAUAUCUGUAGAUGCGGUGCUACAGUUUCUGGACGAUCACGGCUUCUUCUACCAAGCAGUCCCCGAGAUUGGCGAGCUUGUCGAAGAGUUAUAUCGCACAAAACGUUCAAGAAGCGAAGAUGCUAGGGUAGAAUAUUUUAGGCCUGCUCUCCGGCAAGAUCCACGGCUCAGCAGAAUCCUCGACCACUUUGCCGAAGUCCCCUUCCGUAUUCCUUGGGGCACGAUUCCAGAAGUCUUCUACAUUUGGAACCGAAAGACGGAUCCGACAGCAGACACUGGGUUUGUCGGAUACAUGCUGAGCCCUGGGUCGCUGUACGUUUGCGCAGAUGGCUCUCACCGACUCGAUAUAGACGGGGAAUUGGUGGGCACUCGUGUUUUGCGCGUCGCAGAUCAUCUCUUGGAGAACGUUCCGAAAAUCGGAGUUGACUUGAAGGAAGGCGGCGUGUAA